AUGGAAAUUCGCUGCAAGCUGUUCAUGGGCACGCUCAAAAAAGCAGCCCUUGAUUGGUUUAGUGGUCUUCCUGACCGAUCAAUCACUGAUUUCGACGUCUUUAGUCGGCUUUUCAUGGCGCAGUUUGCAGCCAACAGAAAGAAACCGCCGAUCACGUCAGACUUGUUUGAUCUCAAACAGCAACACGAGGAGUCGUUGAAAGAAUUUUUGCAAAGAUUCAACGAGAUUGCUUUGAGGAUAGCGUCUUUGGAUGAAAGGAUGGCGGUAGAUCAUGGUGGUCGGGCAAGGGCCGAGUGGACACGAAGCAACGAGGAAGAAAAGUUUACUCCGCUCAAUGUCCCUAGGAGGCAGAUACUUCAUGAUGUUAAUUGUGCAUCCCUCUUUGAGUUUCCAGCAGCGACGGAGCGCCAGUUGGGUCCCUUUAAGACUGACUGGUGUGAGGUUCACAGGACUCAUGGGCAUACCACUGAAAAUUGUUUCGUCCUUGGGAGACAAAUUGAGCGCCUGAUCAAGGAGGGACGCCUGAAAAAGUUUGUGGCGAGGAAACAGGAGGAAGGCUCGUCGGAAAGGCGACACAGGCAUACACUGGACGACGCAAGAAGAGAAAGGCGUAGAGAAAAGACCCCCCUCAAGGACCCUCCAGCAAAGGCGUCGGAAGUCCAUCAAAAAGCGAUUCACGGGGAUUUCAACACCAUGGCAGGGGGAUUUGCGGGAGGAGGCGUCACCUCAGCUGCUCAAAAAAGGUACACAUGCUCUGUUCUGUCCGUGUCGGAAUUCUGCCGAUCCCCCCAACCCACAAUUUCCUUCUCAGAUGCCGACUAUGAAGGAGUGGCCCCUCAUGAGGAUGAUCCUAUUGUCAUCUCGACGUAG